AUGCGCUUCCCUUCCUUCCCAACAUUCAUCCGCGCCUUCCACACGGUCACAAACACAACAAGCGCAUUCAUCCGAUCGAACCCUACCAGUAAUCUCGGUCGCACUAUCUACAACUCACCGCAGCGCGCAGUCAUCUACCGUUCGAUGCCAAAUAUCCCCUUCUUGGGUGCUCUUUUCGGAUCUUCUAGCAGUAUGGCGGACAACACAAACUACCCAGUCCAGAAGCCCGAGGGCGAGUGGCAAGCACAGCUAUCUCCUGAGCAAUUCCGCAUCCUCCGAAAGAAGGGUACCGAGAUGCCCGGCUCCAGCAAGUACGACAAGCACUAUCCCGACGCCGGCGUUUACACGUGCACCGGAUGCGACGCGCCUCUGUACAGAGCAAACCACAAGUUCGACUCUGGCUGCGGGUGGCCCGCCUUCUGGGAUGCCGUGCCAGGCGCUGUCGGACAGAAGCCUGACCCUGGUCUUGGCAUGAUGAGGACGGAGAUUAUCACGCACAAGUAUCGACAACACUUUGCUGACAUCACACGGUUUGUCAGGCGCCACGAGCAGCAAGCAUCGACUUCACAUAUCAUGGCACCCGCGAUCAACGAUCCUAUCUCGCCUACCGCGAGCGAUUCGUGUGCAGUAUGUCCCAUGGAUUCUGCCAUCACUUGUGGAGGGUGCGAAAACAUCAAGUACUGCUCGGUGGAAUGUCAGCUACGUGACUCGCCGCAGCACCACACUCUCUGCAGCACCUUCAAGGACUUUCAACAGCGGCCGAGCGAAAAGCAUUAUCGAGCCAUCUUGUUCCACUUUGCCGAACUCAAGCCACGAUUCAUCUGGCAACUUAUCGAUGGCGAUCGAGGAUAUCAUACGCCCAAUAAGGAAGAUAUAUCUCAGUACCUUCAGCGUGGCACCCAAGGCUACUUUGUCGGCUGGAAUGGCGAUGUAUUGCCUCCUCGUAAGCUCAAGCACUCCAUGUACAUCGAUGUUGAGCAAAGCAGCUUCUCCAAUGAAGGACCCCUUAACCUGUGCUUUUUCACAAUGAUCAACCCCGACGUGGGAUUUCUUCGCCGUGGUAUCCAUAUUGGCCGUGGUUGGAAGUAUACAAAUUUGGAUGACAAGGACGCCUGGGAUGAGGCCGAUCGCGAGUUGCGCGACGGCUUCCCUCUGAUCGCAUUAGACCUGGACACAACUUCCCUGGGACCGUUGUUGGCACGCAUUCUUGUCGGAACGCCUGAACAUACAAAUGGUGUGACAUAG